CAUAAAGUAGGAAGACUGAUUAAGAUCAGUUGCUGAUUGAGUCUAGAGCGGUUAUCGACAAGUCGACUGAUACUCCCCAUUCAAAAUGAAAUAUAGUAGACUCUUAUCGGUCAAGCCAAUUGCUAGUAAGUGCCGAGUUCUAUCUCCCAGUUGACCCUAGAGAGGCGAUAUGAUAGGCUUUGGAUUCACAACAAUAUUGUGGUGUGAUCUGGUCAUCUUCAGUCUUUGGGUUUGCAGUCUCAGAGUAAGAUGUCACUUCUAGUAGCAAUUUGCCUGAUCUUAGCUGCUGCCGCUUGCUCCAUUGUGCAGGCGAAUGUGUUAUUUCACUUUUCAUUGGAUUUUCAUGUGAAGCAGCCUCAGAAUGGGAAACUCAUCAACAAGACCAUCAUAGUGGAGGACAAUCGAAUGUCCCUGGCGAACGACAAUGAGGAGGAAUCAACGAGUGCCCCACAAUGGACAGCAGAGGAAAACGAAUACAAUGUGGUGGCAGUGGCGAUGUUGGAAAAAACGCGAUCAUCUAUUCAACUGUUGAAUUCAGAGCUUGCUCCCCUUGUGGGCAGGAGCAACGAUUUGGCUGUCCGACUUAAGCAGAGCAUGCGCUAUGUCAACGAGGUGGACGGAUCUCUAGAGAACCGCGAGCGCAAUUUAGCCCAGCAUGUCGAGAUGCUUCGAAAGUACGUCCAAUUGGUCAAUAGUCUCAGAGAACCUUCUCCAUUGGGCGGCGUGCGGAGCCUGGAAUAUGUCCUAAUUAAAUUGGCGGUGGAAAAGUACGAUCUGUUGGCCAGGCAGCAGGAGGUCAACGAGUACUUGCAACGAUUGGAAACCGUGUGGAAUGAGUACAAAAAUACGCAGGUGGUUCUGUUAGAGAACUAAACCUGAGCGAGGAUUUCGCUUUAGAUUUACUGUUCUAUAUAUCCACUACACACAUAAGUAAGAAAACAAAAGAAACAAUUAAAAUACAAACAAAAAAAAACAUAAA